UGCGAGCAUUGAGAGGUGGAGUCUACUAGCGUUGGUGAAGUGAUUCCUUUCGCUCGCGGCUGUUGCUUGAGGCCAGGUAAGGGCUGCAGUGAGGCCAACAGACACUCCCGACUACACAAGACUCAGUCGGCUUUGCAAUGCAGAUCUGUCUGUUGAGGUGGAUUGGCGUAAGAGCGUAGCUGACGUAUCAGCUGCAGGUGAGAUGGUGCCACUCAUUCAAUGCGCUGACUGAUGUUUGUGUUGCUGGUUGUAGAUUGCUUCAUCACGAUGGCGGCCUCUUCCUCUGAUGCUCAGCCUGCUGCUGGUGGUGAUGGUGAGAGUGAUGAGGAGCGGCAGCGCCGGGGAGAGAGGGAGCGCGUCCUUUGGCAACAAAUCGCUGACACGGUGAGUGUGGCCCCGACGCACUGAGGGCGUACUGAUGGAUAUCUCUUACCGUUGCCGUCCCGUGUGCUGUGAUGUGUGCAGCCCGGUCUCUUCAGCAUCGUUAUGCCCUUCCUCCCAAUCCAUCUGCUCAUGCAGCUGCAGUUGCCGCCUCUGACGUGGCAGAAUGCCGCCCGCAAGCAGCACCACCUCACCAUCAGUGCGGCCGACGAAAACGAGCGGUCCUUUUGGCAGAGGACCACCACCGACCUCGUCAAGGAAUGGGCGACAUACCUGACGAAGCUGACGUGUGUCGUCCUUUGCUACCCUCUGGGCUUCCCCAUGUGGUGUUUGGACGUCUUCGUGGCCGUCAUCGAGGGCCACAUCGCCGGCCGACGGGCAGCCAACAUGGACGGCGGGACCCUGCAGACCAUCAGCAUUGAAGAAGGGGUUCGGCUGACCGACACGGCGAGGCGGACCGUCGCACGGAUAGACCCACCCCUCCCACCCCCCCUCGACCCGCCUCCCACCCUCCACGCACUCACCACCAUUACCGGCCUGACCCUCUACCAUGAGAUGCUGGCCGACCGACGCUGGCGGAUGCCCUCACUCCCCAUCGUGCGGCAGGGGGAGUGGGGCUUCGACAGUUUGAGACUGGGCCAGAUCAUCAGCUCGUCCCGCUCAUUGCGGCGUGUGGACGGCAGCUUUAGGGGUGACGGGUGGGCGCGUGUGUUUGAGGGGGUCCCUGAGGCACCUGCCGGGCAGCGGGGAGGGCCACUUAGCAACUUGGAGAGCAUCGGCACUAUCUUGGUGGAAGGUGACUAUCCGGCGGGCAUCGACCGGCAAUUUGUCGCCCGGCUUGAGGUGACCACAACGCACACACAUUUGCAGUGGGGGAUGUGGCUCGUUUUGUGACCUCUCCUAUUGGUGUGAUCUUGCCUUCAGGCUGUGCUCGUUGCGCGUGGCUGUCGACAGUUGCUUAAGCAGCUCCACGUCCGCUUUGCUGCCUACGACGUGCUCCGUGACAUAUUGCCCGUCCUGCUCGACCGCCGCUACGUGCCUGUCCUGCUCGCCUUGGACCACCUGGUGGCCACCUGCUGCCGACAGGACACAGAACUCACUCUCACGGCCAAGGGCAAUCUCGAGUUUGAUCUCUCCAUCUUCUACCAUACCGACUUCCCCACCCACCCAUCGCCCUCAUUCAAGACCAUGAUCCAGCAGCUCGCACGGCAGGCCACAUCGGUGCACUACUUCUUCACUCAGGACGGCCUCACCGACCCGCACACCAACCCCAGCCAAUCGGCCAUCGACAUCGCAUCCAGCCUCUCAUUCGACAAGGUCAAGACGGUGUCGAUCAAGAAUACCCCUGGCUUCGACCCCCCGGCCAACACCCCAUCGCCCCACCCCUCCAUCAUCACUCACCUGCAGCCUUUCCCUAAAGCCUCACGGCUGGAUGUAAAGAGCAAGCUGGGUGGUGCUGCUGCCCGGCUGCUGGCCGACAGGAUGCCCAAGGAGGUGGAGAGGGCGGAUAUCCAAGAGGCGUUGGGUGGUGAGGAGAAGGUGGGUGUCCUGACGGCGCUGGGGAGGGAGAGAGAGGUGCGUGACGUGCGGAUGGGGCAAGUCGAUAUCGAUCAACUAGAGCAGCUGCUGAUGGGGGCGGCCGACAGAUUGCCGACCAUCAGGGAACUAGACUUCACCAUGACACGUACGCCGAGAGGAUAGCACAUAUUGUGUCCAUCCGUCCUCAUUUCUGCCUUGUGUGUGUUCACCUUCGGUGUCUGACGAUGUGGAGGAUGCCGGCAGCGUCGUCCGCACCCACCUCUCAUCGCUGAUCGAUCAUAUCCCCCUCCAGUCUGUGAAGCUGACGGUCGACGACACGGCAGAUGAGCAGCAUGAUUCCAUCCUCGCCUCCCUCCCUGUGGGUACCAACAUCGGUGCCUUGAGCGUCACAACCAUCGGCAGUGGCUUGUGGCUCGAGACAAUGACAUGUGUAGAAAUGACUGCAGCUCCCGAUGCCUGAAGGUGAGGGAACGGCACUUACGCAUACCGGGGUCUUAUAUUGUGUGUGUGGUGGUGGUGUUUUUCAGGCUGGUCGUCUUGUCUUGACGGGUCAUAGCAGAGGGAAAAUGGGGCAGUUUUGUGAGCAGGCGAAAUUCAUGAGGUGCUAUACACCUGCAUAGGUGUGUGUGUGUUCGUGUCAUAGUGUUGACGACUGACUGGCCAGCUCAGCUCUACAGACUGACGGACAAGGGCUGCUGAUGCCGGCGUGUAAGUGACACGCACACGGCAUGGCCACGCCGCAUUAACCAAUCAACUACUGCAAGCACAUCACAUUCAAUCACG